AUGAUACCCCCUCGACGUGGUCACACCAGCUUAAGUCGACGAAUGGAAGACGGCCAUGGUGCAGCCAGCUGCUCUUCCCGAACACGAGCCACUACGAGAACAUCCUCGUCUUCUCCUCCUGUCAGAAGAAGAAAACAAGCAAGACGAGGCACGUACUUCCGUGUCGCCGUCUCUCUCCUCACCUCCACGGCGAGUCUCUUCGACAGAACUACACAAACUGUAGAAGCGAAAAAGGAUUUUUAUGCCGAGUUGGGGGUGAGUCCGAAGUGCCGGAAUAAGGAAUGCGCGGCGGAAAUCAAGAAGGCCUACCGGAAGUUGGCUCUGAAGCACCACCCGGACAAGCAGGACGUGAACCUGCCCGAGAAGAAAAAAAAGAAGAACUUGUCCAAGUUCCAGGAUAUCAACAACGCCUAUGAGACCCUGUCAGAUCCAGAGAAAAAGAAAAAAUACGAUGAAUUCGGAGAGGACCCGAGCAGACCAGGACAGGCUGCAGAUGGCAACUCGGGUGGGGGAGGGCCAGGUGCGUGAUGCUGUAGAUGUUGAUCAUAUGACCUAGCUGCUUCCUGUAUAUGUAUACGAGAGCUAAAAGUUGUAGAGCUCUUGCUCUUGCACUGUCGUGAUCUUGUUCACGCAUGAAAAUUACCGCAUUUUUUGGCGAACUCCUCGAGUAAUAUCUGCUCGUCUUAUAACUCACCACAGAUCCUUUCGACAUUUUCGCCCAAUUCUUCGGCGGGGGGCGACCCGGGGGCAGCAGUGGAGGUGGCAGCUCCUUCACCUUCAAUAUGGGAGGCAGCGGCGGCAACAAGGGUGGCGGCAAACAGCAGCAGAAACAACCAGAAAAGCCUCUGUAGUGAUUUCAGUUUGUACUUUGUUUCGAAACACGGCUGCAGAUGAAUUGGGCUCUGCCAAAGCGAUGAUUGAACACGACGGACUCAGAGAAACUUCUCGAUGCAGCAGCAGCACUUUUUAUUUCUGAUUGUGAAACUGAAAUUCAAAUUACUAUAUCCAAAUUAUUCCAGGUACGACGACGAGGAUGCAAUAAGUGAAAUUCAAGGCUUCGAGGAUUACACGAACAAUGUGGCCGGGGCGAAAGACCACUACGCCGAGCAGUUUGUCAUCAAGUUUUACCAGGACGGCCACCAACCAUCCAAGGACGCACAGAAAGCUUUUGUCAAGCUCGCAAAAGCCUACGAUGGCGCUGCGAAUUUUUACGCGGUCAGCUGUAGCAGGCACAAGCGGGUCUGUGAGAAAGCGGGCAUAAAAGGAAAUGCCCUGCCCAAGGUGAAAUAUUACGGCGCCGGGGAGGAAAAUCACGAUACUUUCAAGGGCGCCAAGAACACCUACGACGCCAUGCGUAAUAUUGUGCUUAUUUGAUAAAAAGCUCUCCUGAUAAUUUUUCAUGUACUUGUACGUGCGCUCCUCUUGCGUAGAUGUAAAUUUGGAUCCAAGCGGCCGGAAAUAAGAAUUUUACUCUGCACUGCAGGCUGCUGGUCCUCAUUCAUUCUCUUCUGCAAAGGAAGUUUCCCAUCGAAAAUCGAAAAAAUAAACAGAAAAAUGGCUGGCGAAAGCGCUCCCGGACAAGACAGUGAGGUUGAAGACGAAGGAGGACAUGGAGAAAUUCAUGCAGACCGACUCCGCAAAAGUUAUACUCUUCGUCGAAAAGCCGAACACGCCCCCGAGACUCACCUUGCUGAGCGUUCAGUUUGGGAAAGUGCUGAUAGGUAGAGUGUAGUUUUGAUUCGUAGUUUUGAUGCGUCUCAAAAGUAUGCUGAUUUAUCGAUGUCGUGAUCUUCUUCCGCUGGCAAUUCAAGAUCGAUGACAGAGAGAUCUUCUUGCAGCUUUUUUAGUGCAAAAAUCCAUAUUAAAGCGAAACAAAGCGUCCCGACUUGCGGAUCAUUCAUUCCUUAGGCGUGUUCUUGUUUGCUUAAACCUGAGAGCCCCUACUUGAUGACCCCACGACCUUUCCAGGUGUGUUGUCCAAGAAGGAGGCCCCGAAGUUGUGGAAGGAAUUCGAGAUUCCGAAGAAGCAGGAGCUUCCCGCCUGGCUGAACGUGCACGACAAGACGUGGUCGCCCAAACUGCCGCGUGACGAGAUCCCGAUGUACCUCCAGGAUGUGCAGAGGCAAUACCGCGAGGAGAUGCUGACGCCGAAGUUUGACGAGCUCACCGUUGAGUACCUGGACUCCGGGAAGUGCUCCGCCAAGGACAGCAACUACUGCCUGGUGGUGGUGUCGGACCACAUCGGGCAGCUGCAGAAGAUCUUCCUGGAGGUGGCGAAGAAGCUGAAAAAGGACCCCGUGAGGAUAGUGUCACUGAACAACAAGACGAAUACCGCGAUGAAGAAAAAGCUGUUUUCCAUAACCUCGCAAGUCGGCCACGAGGACCCGGCCGUGGUGUUGUGGCGCCCGAAGCGGAGGAGAUGGAAGAAGUUCGAGGACGAUUUCCUGGAAAUGUACUCAAAGGGACAGGACGUCAUCGUCAAUGGUUUAGUCACGUUUGUCCGCGACGCCUUGGACUCGGGAGCGGCCCUGCAAAAUCGACACGAGGAGCUGUAACAAGUCGACGUCCCCGUCGUGGGGUCGUUCUUGACACACAGGAGGCUGUAAUGGGACGGAGAAGAAGGUGCUCCUGGGCAUGGUCUCACUUCUGGCGUCGGGAACUGUAGGCUUACAGUACAUGAUUCCACUUCCACACUCCUCAACAUUAGGACGGCGAUCAUGCCAAUUGCGGUGCUUAAGGUUCUCUGUACCUGUUCCAUCCAGCCGCGCCAGCACGACUUAUUUGUGUCGUGUGUAUACACUUUUUGGUUGAAGACGAAACUACUUUACACAUCUUCAUGGCGGUCAUACAUAGUUUUAAAACUACCCUUAUGUUAUCGCGACUUCGUAGACCCUUAUCGCGCUUUAUUUUUUCUGACCCACCUCCCUACAGCAACAUCGCUCCCACUGGGAGACAUGACAAUGUAAACACGGUCUUCCCCCCGGCCGAAAAUGAAAAACAAGCAAUGAUGAAAACCAAAAUGAAGCCGAGAACGUGUGUUCUCUCGUUCACGACGUUGAAGCAUCACAAAACUCGCAGCUGUGGCCGCGUGUUCAUGUUGCACUACGCGAACAGCCGGUGGUCCAAAAUCCUCCUCGAACGAAAAGAAUCCUGAGUGUUCCUGUCGCAGCCGAUCAAUCUGGAUCUCGAUAAAACUACAAGUUUUUUGUUGCCACGCGCCAGGAAGUUUGUUUCCUGAUCUUGGCAGCGGACCGAAACGAAGAUUGAAGAUGGAUCGUCUCACAACUCUGGCGGGCAGCAAACUGUCUUCCUGUGGGUGGAGAUCAAAAUCCAGCUCCAAGUCGACGAGGUGGUUCUGGUCCCUUGAUUCAAUAAAAGAAAAAGCUAAAGGUAAAGUUUAAAAGUCAAAGUCUCCUUCUAUACUGCGUAUUAAAGUG